AUGAACUCGUUUCUAGACUACGCACAAUAUUUCAUCACACUGGUCUUCACCUACACCGUUCGGGCGCUGACUUGGCUUGUCCCGCUGCUUUUCCGCUUCGCGCAAACGCAUCCCACUACAACAAAUGUAUUUGGCUACCUUCUGGCGGCGUAUAUCUCUUGGAAGGUUCUUUGCCAUUUGUGGACGAUCCUCAAACGCAUAAUGCUGGUAGUCUUGGUCGUUUUCGCUGCAAUGCUGUGGUCUCGAGGAUUGCACCAAGUGGUAUCGCACGAUGUCCCUGUACUAAUGCAGUAUUUAGGGCCUAAGGCGAGCAUCCCGGGAUUGUGGAAUCAAAUACGCUAUUACAUUCACCCAGAUAACUUCGGAAAACUCUACUCAUCGGCACUGCAAGUACAACUCGAGACUCUCAGAGACCGCUCAGUACGGUUUUUGGCCGAUUUGUCGAACUAA